AUGAAAACUCACGACAUACCGAUUCACCCAUUUCAGUUAAUUUCAAUGGAUGUUUUCUUCUGCGAACUUCAAGGUGUCAAACGUAAAUUUUUGGUUACAGUGGACCAUUAUUCAGAUUUCUUUGAAAUCAAUCAACUCAAAGAUCUGAGUCCAGAAUCUGUUAUCGAUGCGUGCAAACAAAAUUUCUCACGUUUCGGUGUCCCACAACGUGUCGUAACGGAUAAUGGAACGAACUUUAAUAAUCAGAAAAUGGCAAAAUUUGCUUCUGACUGGGAUUUUCAAAUAAGCACUUCUGCACCACACCAUCAACAAGCAAACGGUAAAGCAGAGUCAGCAGUUAAGAUAGCAAAGCAGCUGAUGAAAAAAUCAGAUGAAUGUGGCAUUGAUUUUUGGUAUGCUUUACUCCAUUGGAGGAACAUUCCGAACAAAAUUGGAUCUAGUCCAGCUGCCCGCUUACUAUCGCGUACCAUCCGUUGUGGUGUACCAACAGCAGCAGCCAAACUUCUCCCAAAGAUCGAGAAAGAUGUAUCUUUUAAAAUUGAAACGAACCGCAAACGAUCCAAAAUGCAGUACGAUCGUAAAUCACAAUAUUUACCUGAGCUUCAAAUCGGAACACCCGUUUACGUGCAACUACAUCCUGAAACAACUAAACUCUGGAGCAAAGGAACAAUUUCGGAACGACUAAAUGAGCGUUCUUAUCUGGUGGACGUAGGAGGAACCGAAUAUCGUCGAUCUUUAGUACACUUGAAGCCGCGCAAGGAACCUAUUGCGCUGCCAGACCGCUAUUCGUCGUCCUGUGGAAGAAAUCCUGAAUAUCCUUAUCUGCUUUCAGCUGUAAACCGUCCAACUCCAGCCAUUGUAAACAAACACUCGGAUACCGAGCGAGAGCUGUCACCUACAGCAGAAGCAGAUCAGUUCCCGUUGCUUCCGUCGCAGGCGCCUACUGCGAUGACAGAAUCGCAAAUAAAUCCUGCAGCAGUGUCACCAGAAUCGUCGAAAACAAAAUCAAAGAGGGUUCGGCCCGUUACACCGUUACAUUUAAACCGUCCCAAAAGAGAAAUGCAUAUUCCUGUAAAAUUUAAAGAUUACACAAUGUAUUGA